CCCAUAUCAAUAGGUAUUACACCAGAAGUGUUUGCAUUAACUUCAUCAUUCUACUUAGGUUUCUUCAGAGAUUGAACAGAUCACAUCUUCCUAGAGCCCUUAACUGUCUCCAAGGAUGCUCCCUUCCCAGUCCUUCAUCAACAUCUCCUUCUUCCAGCCACAGUAUUUCCUCAUGACUGGCAUCCAAGGACUAGAAGCCAUCCAUGGCUGGAUCUCCAUCCCCUUCUCCUCCAUGUACACUGUGGCACUCACUGGAAACUGCCUCAUCCUCCUGGCUGUGAAGAGGACCCAUAGCUUACACCAGCCCAUGUACUACUUCCUGUCCAUGCUGGCCCUAAGUGAUGUGGGCCUCAGCUUGUCCACUAUGCCUUCCACCCUGGCUGUGCUCUGGUUUGACUAUCGUUUGAUCAGUUUCUACACCUGCCUAAUACAAAUGUUCUUCCUACACUCCUUCUCUGUGGUGGAGUCUUCAGUACUCUUGGCCAUGUCAUUUGACCGCUUUGUGGCUAUCUCCAACCCACUUCGCUAUGCAUCUGUCCUCACUAAUAAUGUCAUCAUCAGGAUUGGGGCUAUCAUUGUAGCUCGAGCCACUCUGUCGCUAUUCCCAGUGCCCUUCUUGCUGAAGCGACUGAACUAUUGUCCUGGUAAGAUCCUCCUGUCUCAUUCAUUCUGCUUCCAUGCUGAUGUCAUGAAGCUGGCCUGUGCUGACAUUACUGUCAAUAUCCUGUAUGGACUCUAUGUGGUUCUGUCCACAGUGGGUGUAGACUCUUUGCUUAUUGUUAUGUCCUAUGCACUGAUUCUUCACACAGUGAUGGGGCUAGCCUCUCCCAGGGAGCGUGUCCGAGCCCUCAAUACAUGUAUUUCCCAUAUCUUGGCUGUCCUGGUCUUUUACAUUCCAGUCAUAGGUGUGUCCAUGAUCCAUCGUUUUGGUAAGCACCUGCCCCACAUUGUUCACGCCCUUGUAGCAUAUGUGUACCUUGUGGUGCCUCCUGUGCUCAACCCCAUCAUCUACAGUGUCAAGUCCAAGCCCAUCAGGGAGGCCAUGUUCAGUGUACUAAGAAGAAAAGAUCAGACAUGAUGACACUGGAUGUUUAUGGGACUUGGAGCCUGCGAAAUGGUUGGGAAACAAAAACAACAUACUUGGUGGAUCAAGUCAUACCAAUAGCUUCAUUAUGGGCAUCAACAAUAAAAAGUGUAAGACUGUGGUAAAAUUAUUUCUAUAAUUGUUUUCUAUGGUGCUAGGGAUCAUUUCUAAUGCUUCUAACAUGUUAUGCCGGCCCUCUACCACUGAGUUACAUUCUCUGAUCUGAAAAUAUGUUUUGUCCAUUUGUUACCUCAUUUAUGUCACACAUAUUUUCUUAAAGUCAAUGUUUUCUAGCCCUACUUUAGAUUCCAGCAACAGAAAAAAAGGACAUGUUGCCUUUGCUUUGUAGACCUUAAAUUUCAGUACAUAUCCAAAAUGUCUAAAUAGAAAAACA